UGUACAAAUAUGUCCAACCCCCUCUCCAAUUGUGGUGAUGAUAUGAAAUCAGGAAACAUCAACACACAAGCAAAGAUCAACAAAGAAGACAGACUAAAAGAGGGAGAGAGCGAUGAAGACCAGUUAUUUAACUCUCAUAUUUAUAUGCAUCCCUGCAACCCUGAGUACCAGUGUCCAUCUUCCAAACUGUAAAGAUGCUCUUGAAGAUUGUCUUCACCAGGAAGAGCCAUGGACCAGGUGUUAUGAGGACAGAAUUUCAAGAUGCAUUCAAAGGACCAGAAUACCCAUCCCAAACUUCUACAGAUGGUCUGUCAACUCAUCCAAUAAGGCAGAAGCGGGCAUGGAUUCUGGACACAGAGUGCACAUCCCUGCACAUGCCCUCCAGAGAAGCAAGAGAAACGACUCUCAUACCACUGACUAUGUGCACAUUACUGUGGCUGUACUCAACAGCUCUCUAUUCAAGCUUGGUCCAGUUCGAGGCUAUAGAUCAGGGGAGGUCCUAAGGCAGUCUGUGCUGGCUGUGAGGGUGGGGGACCACGGUGUGAGUGACCUUGACCAGCCUGUCAGAAUCGCCUUCAGAAACACAAAUGUGACUGAGAGAGGGACUUGUGUUUCCUGGGAGGACUCAGAAAUUAAUAAAGGCGAAGGGGACUGGAGCUCAGAGGGUUGUAAUACCACCCUCAUUCGCGGAGAGUUUGUGUGCAGCUGUAACCAUCUCAGCUUCUUUGCUGUGCUUGUGAACUCAAAGUUGUCGGUAGACCCUGUGAAUGCCGCCGUCCUCGGCUACAUCUCCUACAUUGGUUCAUCAUUCUCUGUGGUUUUCACCACAGUAAGCCUUGUCAUGUACACAUGUCUUAGGAAGGGGAGUUCUGAACAGUCAAUAGGUAUUCAUAUGCAUCUGACAGGAGCGCUCCUGUUUCUGCACCUCUCCUACCUCUUGAGCGAGUGGUGGGUGUGGCAUGAGGCCGAUGGGGCUGAGGGACGUGUCUGUCUGGCCUUUGGGUUGAUGCUGCACUGGGCUCUCCUGUCCACCUUCACCUGGUUGGCCAUUGAAGGCUUCAAUCUCUACAUGCUGCUAGUCCGCGUCUUCAACAUCUAUGUCAGGAAAUACCUGCUCAAACUGAGCCUGUUUGGAUGGGGCAUACCCACUGUGACUGUGGUGGCCUGUGGUUUCUCAGGAGUCUACGGAAGACAUAGCUUCUACAUGAAGGGGGCCAAUAAUGGCUCAUCAACAGACAUAUGUUGGAUAAGCAGCGCUCCAGACAGCCAUGGAGUGGUGGUCAGCUACGUCACAGUGAGUGGAUACUUGGGCCUGGUCUUCCUCUUCAACACAGCCAUGCUAGGUGUGGUGGUGGUGAAGCUUUGGGGGCAGAGAGGGAAGGGUAGGAUGUGGAAGGACUGGGCCACGGUCCUGGGGCUCAGCUGUGUGCUAGGAGUACCAUGGGGGCUGGCGUUCUGCACCUACGGCCCCCUUUCUCUCCCUGGACUAUACCUCUUCAGUAUAUUCAACUGCUUCCAAGGUGUCUUCUUGUUCCUGUGGUUUCUUGCCUUUUUACAUAAUGGCCGCCCAGAGCGCCCCUCUGUGAAAGACUCUUCCAGUCAAAAGAUGAUGGAGACAAACCUCAACUGAUACUGUGGGACGUGCAACACAUUCCAGCAUACCUUUAGUAGUGUUUGCAGACCACGUCCCAUUCUACACAUGCAUACACUGAGUUUAAACCAGAGGUGAAAGUCUAAUUAAUUUCUUCCCGGUACAGACCUCUUAUACCGAGAAAUAAAAUGUAUGGGCCGAUUCAUAGAAUGACAUAUAUAAUCCCUUCAAUAGCAUCUCUCUGGGCCUAGUCGUAAAGAUUUGACAUGUAACUUUUAAAAUGUAUGACCUUUUAUUAUGGCAUAACACAACCAGUCAUUAUGUUUCCAUCUGAUUGUCAAACAAGGGCUCCUUUACUAGGCUACCCAUGCACGUUCACCCACUCGCAAUAUAUUUCCAGCCUCCAAACAGUGUUGAAUGGAAAGAGACAGCUGUUACACAAAACACCAAAAAGUGUAAUGACAUGGCGUUUGUAAUUAGGCCAGAAUGUAUGCGUCCACUGCUGUCUGCGUGCAUCUCGGUGUCGGCCACUCAUCUCUGCCUUGGCAUAAUUUCAGUGUUUCUUUUCGUCGAACCACAUUACAUUUUGGAGCAUAUGCCUACUGUCACGGGCUGGCUCAAAAAAAGCAGGAGAGGUAGAGUCAGGCGCAGGAGACAGAGAGUUCUUGACCACACUUCUUUAUUCAAGAAAAUGGAUGUGGUCGCCAAAAAUAUAGGGACGUAGCCCUUAAAUACUUCUGCGGUGGUGAACACAACGAAACCAACCACAGGCAGAGGAAAACCAGCACACGUUCCUCAAGCACAUAAACCGGACAAGAAACACAAUCACGCACAAACACAGACAUCCUACGCUAAACUAAAUAACCCCCCCCUACUAAUGACUAACCCAAAACAGGUGCGUGCCUACCUAGACCUAACCAACAGAAAGUGAAACAAAAAAGGAUCGAUGGCAGCUAGUAGGCCGGCAACGACGACCGCCGAGCUCCGCCCGGCCGAGGAGGGGCGCCACCAUCAGUCGGUGUCGUGACACCUACCACCUGUUUUCAUUUCCAUUCGCAACAUGUUCCUGCCUCUGACAUGCGGUAAUAAUAAAACAUAGUAUUGUAGGCUCCAGUUUUUUUUUAACAUUUUGAUUUCAAUUAUUGUGAUAGGCUCAUAUUUUACCGGUACAGCGUAACCCCACCGUUUAUUUUGUGGACGCCAGACCGUACCGCUUUACUUUCACCCCUGGUGUAAACAUGACAUUUAUGAUAUGACACAUAAAGUGUGACACAUGGAGCAAAUAGCCAUUAGCACACAGCCUAUCUACUGGAUAAAAUGGUGUUGUGGUGUUAAUCAGAUAAUUGAACAAUUGAAUGUUUUCUUAUUGUUUCAUUAAAAUAAUUUACCAAUGCUAUCUAA